AUGAAACCUCUAAAGCAAUUGCCAAUUCUCCGUCUACCAUUUCGAGCAAUGGAAGAAGUUUCUAAAGGAAUGCACUCUAUAAUAAAAAUGAUUAGCGACCGUAGAAAAAAGACGUUCCCGAUACUCCGUCUACCGUUUCUUGCCAUCGAAGAAAUCUUCAAAGUGAUGGAUCCAAUCGAAAUAAUCAACCUCUCAAUGACGUCCAAACGAGCCAAAGCAGUAACAGAAAAGAUGACCUUCUAUUCGAAAUAUUCCGUUCAACUUUGUGUAGAUAAAACAAUGGGAAUAACAAUACUUGGCACUAAUAAUCUGGUGUCAUGCCUUUAUCUAAUGACAUCAUACAAGCAAAAACUUGAAAAAACUGUGGAAGAAGAACGUGAUGGGUUCAUUUUCCGGAAGGUAUUCAAGUAUUCGAAGGAUCCGGUGGAUGAAUGGAAACAGUUGUGCAAAUAUGUAUUGGAAAUAUUCAAUAAAGAGACAAUCGAUGUUUUAACAGUGUUUAUAGAUGUAUUCGUAGAUCAAAACGUUUCGAUUAUUGAUUUUUUGAAGACUAAUGUGAAAUCAGUGAACGACUGCAAUGUGUAUCAGUGGGAAGAUGAGAAUGACGUAGAUGAACACGCCGCAGAUCUCCUAGCAAAUAUCACAGUUGCCAAUGAGCUAAAUUUUCAUCUACACAUCAAAAACGACAAUUUUGAUGGGAAAAUUCCAAAAAAUUUGAGGGAGUUAUUCAUUAAACAUGCGGAAUGGAUUGAAUAUGAGAAACUGUUGGAAAUAGAUAGUGUCCAAGUGAUUAUUGGAACACAUCAAAUUUCAAACAAGGAGUGGAAUUCGUUCUUUAAAAAAUGGAUUGCAAUGGAAACUCAUUUGUAUCUGGAAUUAUUGGCAUUUGAUUUCAAGCCAAUUGAAGAAUUCAGAGCACUUGUAUUAUAUGAUAUACCACAUGAAGUGGUGGAUGAAGGAGUCAAACGAACCCUGAUAACUUAUCGUGAUGAAAAGACAGAGAUAAACGGAGGAAUCGACAUCCGACGUAUUGAUGGGAAGACGGCAACAUUCAUCGCACACUCUAAUAGUUUUUCGAUGAGUGUUCAAUGA